AUGGAGCGAGAGUUGACCAACACAGACACAGAGAGUGCAGACCUCCUUGGUUCAGAUGAUGAAGAAAACAGCAGUAUACUGCUCUCCAUAGUGAUGCUUACGCUUUCAGCUACACAAGUCUACACCAUCUUGACUGUCCAGCUCUUUGCAUUCUCAAACUUACUACCUGUAGGAGCAGACACUUUAGCGUAUAAUUUUGAAAAAGCAUCUCACACGUUUGAUUAUCUUCCAGCAAAAUUUGGUUAUAGACCUCCAGCUGAAGGUUUAAAGGGUUUUUUGAUUAAUUCAAAACCAGAGAAUGCUUGUGAACCCAUAAUGCCUCUACCAGUAAAAGACAACUCAUCUGGCAUUUUCAUCUUGUUAAUUAGAAGACUUGAUUGUAAUUUUCAUAUAAAGGUUUUAAAUGCUCAGAGAGAAGGAUACAAAGCAGCCAUUGUUCACAAUGUUCAUUCUGAAGACCUCAUUCACAUGGGAUCCAAUGACACUGAUGUGUUAAAGAACAUUGAUAUUCCAUCUGUCUUUAUUGGUGAAUCAUCAGGUAAUUCCCUGAAAGAUGAAUUCACACAUGAAAAAGGGGGCCACCUUAUCUUAGUUCCAGAAUUUAAUCUUCCUCUAGAAUUAAUUCCCUUCUUCAUCAUAGUGGGCAUCUGUCUCAUCCUAGUAGUCAUUUUUAUGAUGACGAAAUUUGUCCAGGACAGACAUAGAGCUAGAAGAAAUAGACUUGGUAAAGAUCAACUUAAGAAACGACCUAAACUACCUGUACAUAAAUUCAAGAAAGGAGAUGAGUAUGAUGUGUGUGCCAUUUGUUUGGAUGAACAUGAAGAUGGAGACAAACUCAGAAUCCUUCCCUGUUCCCUUGCUUAUCACUGCAAAUGUGUAGACCUCUGGCUAACUAAAACCAAGAAAACCUGUCCAGUCUGCAAGCAAAAAGCUGUUCCUUCUCAGGGUGAUUCUGACUCUGACACAGACAGUAGUCAAGAGGAAAACGAAGUGUCACAACACACCCCUUUGCUUAGACCUUUAGCUUCUGUCAGUGCCCAGUCAUCUGGGGCUCUGUCAGAGUCCCACUCGCACCAGAACAUGACAGACUCUUCAGACUCUGAGGACAACGAAGAUGCUGACAGCAGUGAGGCGGAGAAUGAAGUGAAUGAACACAGUGUUGUGGUCCAGUUGCAGCCUAAUGGUGAGUGGGACUGCGACAUAGCAAAUACCGUGUGA